GACUCCGUUUGCCCAACCACGGCAUCGCUGUCCACUGCUUCUACCGACGAUCGUUUCCGUUUUUAUCUUUGCUGUUGUCGCUUUUAAAAUAAAAACUAUAUAUAUUUUUCUUCCUUUGUUGUUAUUCUCACACGCAUUCUGUUCCUGCUUGCCACAUCGCUAAACACGUAUAUUGUUUUUGCUGAUCUGCAGCUCUUCUGGAUCCCACCAGAGCAAAAGAACAAACCAAGAGCCUCCACCAUGACGGCGCAGCAUAAGAUUGUGAAGCGAGCUGUAAGGGCAGUCGCAGCAGCCGCGGCAGCAAAGAAAGAAGCGGCGGCAGCUGCCUCAGCCACCUUUCAAAAGUCUCACGUGCAAGCCGCCCGUUCACGCGCUGCCCCAACGGAGCGCCUUCAACUCUUUUACCACGCCGUCGCCACCCCGCUCGGUCCCUUCUCUCUCUACGUCGACGGCGACGGUGCCAUCCGCUGCUGCCACUGGCAGCACAGUCCACCUGGCGAUGUCGCAGCCCUGAUGAAGGAGCAGCGUGACGUGUGUGCGGCUCUGCAGUCUCGUUGGUACAAAAACGCUUCGGUGGAGAUGGCGAAGCCCUCGUCGACGUCGACCACGCCGGGAGAGAAGGCCGCGACGCUUUUGUACCGCUAUUUCAACCCAUCUUCUGCGGACGCUGGUCGGCCGGCGGCGCUGGAGAAGGUACUGCUGCAGGUGCCUGUUGCGUACCCCCCCACCACCGCCUUCAUGACCACCACGUGGGACGUGCUGCGGCAGACGGUGCCAUCCGGGGAGACGAUUUCCUACAAGGGUUUGGGGGUGCGGGUCAGUCAAGCACUUUCUCAUGCCCCCAGCUCCUUCUCUUCUUCUUCCGUCGCCGUGUCCCACGCUGCACCGCGCGCUAUUGGGGUUGCCAUGGGAGCAAACCCGAUCCCGGUCAUCGUUCCUUGCCAUCGCGUGCUGUCGUCCACGAACGCGCUGCGCGGGUAUGCUCUGGGUCUCCGCUACAAGGUGUGGCUGCUGCGACACGAGCAGGCGGAUGUCCCGACUGAAAAGCUGCGUUCCGUGGAGUUUGAAAACGCAGUCAGCUCUCCCAUCUCCCUUCGCUAA